ACUCAAGCACGUCAAGCACCCUGUGAAAUCAUUUCAUUUUCGACGUUUUUUUUUUGUAGUUUCAAGCAGGUCUUCGAUUCUUUUCUUUUCUAGAAAAAAUAUGAGUUCAGUAUUGACUUGCAAUUUUUGCACGUUCAUCAAUGAGACAGGUGCUAGAGUUUGCAAUGCUUGUGGACGAACGUUAGGACUCCCAACCAUUAACCUCAAUCCGAUCGGAGUCGAAUGUUUACAAUGUACUUUUCGAAAUCCGCCAGGAUCAGUUAAUUGUCAAGUGUGCGAAACGCCAAUACUUGUUGAUGGAGGUAAUUCAACAUUGGCCGCUGUGAAUUUGUCGAUUGUGGACGAAAUGUCGACGACUAUGGCCGUGGAUGUUGGAGCAGCAUGCCAGAUUUGCUAUUCCACAAUGGCACAGGAUUUUAGGAUGCCAGGCUGCACUCACUUGUUUUGUACGGUAUGUGCAAAAACUCAUUUUACAAUCAAGAUCACCGAGUGUGGAAUUAACAAUGUCCGCUGCCCAAUUGAUACUUGUUCCGCCUUCGACGAGAUGCCGAAUAAAUCGGUGUUUUUCAAAGAAUUAAAAUUGGUUCUUCGCGGUAUCUUGGAGCCGAAUGUCAAGAAGAUGUUUACGGAUAAGGUCCAUGUCAUGGAGAUCAUGGAUAAGCCCGGAUUCUUACGAUGCACCAUGUGCAAUUACGGAUUCGUAAAUCAAAGCAAAACUAGAAAGACCACUUGUCCCGAUUGCUUCAAAGUAUUUUGUUCCAAAUGCGGAAAAAAGUGGACAGCUAGCCACUACCAGAUGACUUGUACGCCAAAUGAGAAUAGAACGAGCGACGAUGGAAGCGGUAACGUGCAAAUGCACACCAAUGCCGCCUGUCCACAAUGUAAAUACAAAUAUUUUUUGGAACGUGGUGGAUGUAUGCACAUCACCUGCAGCCAGUGUUCGUAUGAAUACUGUGAAUUCUGCUUCAAGAAGAUAACCGGAAAGGGGCAAUUUUGCAAUUUUCCAAAUUGUUCGAAGGGUCAGUCAUUACAUGGACAUCAUCCGCGGAAUUGUAUGUACUAUGUACGGGACAUGGAUCAUAAGCAAUUGGAGCGACUAUUGAAGAACAACGGUGUUCGUUAUACCGUGGUCCAACGUCACAAGACAUCCGCGUGCAAGCUCAAAGUGAAUGUGCUAUCUGAUGGCAUCUGGGUUGACGCGGAAUGCAACAAGCCCUCACUGAAAUCGUACAAUAACAUGUGCCUAACUCACUACAAAUGGCAUUUGGGCGAGCUAAUGAAAAAGCACAGCAUCGAUCCGGUUGAUGUGAUGAACAAUCUGGAAUGCAUGUGCGAAUUGAGGCGAAACAACGUAAACGUGGUCCUGAAUAAAGCGAGUAUCCAUUUGCCGAUCGAGGACGAACACACCGUUGCAUUACGCGCUCUGGUUCGGUCACAGCUUCCGUAUGAACAAAUCUUACAGUAGCAAUUUGCAUUUCUGUUGAACUUUGUCAUUUCCUGAUUGUUCAUUGAUGUUUCUUCUUUUCCAUUUUUCUUUCAAUCUUUAUCAUGUGAAUUGAGUCAUUGCGGGUGACAUUUUGUCCAUUAUUAAUUUUGGCGAUAAAACAAUGAAUUAUGAUCAUA